GUUUUGAAUAGUGGCGGGAGCCCGGAAUUUGCUUGUAUCCUAUUCUGUUAAGGUUUUAUUGUAUGGCCGUACUUCUGAGUGGCGAGCCUUAUUGUCACUUCAUGGGCGAAUUUGAAACUGAGGAGAUGGAGGUAUGUGAUGCAGAUGGCGCUCCCAAUAUGGUACCACAGCAUGUAGCAGGGGAAUACCAUUGCUUGGUAUGCCCUCGCCACUUUCCAAGUGCUCCACGCCACUUCCAAACUGCAGGAAAUUCAGUGCCAUUGUUGAUGCCAGAAGAAAACGCUGUUGUCCAUGCAGAGCUUCCUGAGUGCCACCAGGAAUAUAAGCUGCAGCACCACCAACAACAAAAUGCAAUUCAAGAGUCGAAUCAUAUCGAUUCGGAGCAACUACACAAACGCUUCUCGACUGCAUUUCAGAAAGCAUAUGCUAGUGGCAAGAGACCUGCUGCCAUCAUACCCCCCCUGAACAGGAGGUGGAAAACAGAGGUUGUUCAUGAUAGAAGAGGGUUGUCUACCGACCACACAACUCUACCACAAAACCCGUCUGAUGGGGAGAAUUGUGCUAAUUCAUUGUACAGUGACACUGACAGUGCCUCCGUAGUGCAAGAUGAUGAAUAUGAUGGUGGUGAAGAAGAAGAAGAAAUAGUCAAUGAAGAAGACAUUGAUUAUGAAGAACAAGAAAUUGAUGAAGAGGAAGAAAUAACAAAUGAAGAAAUGGAAGAAGAAUUCGUGAAUGAAGAAAUGGAAGAAGAAUUCGUGAAUGAAGAAAUGGAAGAAGGAUUCAUGAAUGAAGAAACGGAGGAAGGAUUCGUGAAUGAAGAAACAGGAGGAGGAUUCGUGAAUGAAGAAACAGAAGAAGGAUUCGUGAGUGAAGAAAUAGAAGAAGGCUUAAUGAAUGAAGAAAUAGAAGAAAGAUUAAUGAAUAAACAGAUAGAACGAGGAGGAGGAUUAAGGAAUGAAGAAAUAGAGGAAGAAGAUUUAAUUAAUGAAGAAACUGGAGGAGGAGGAAUAGUGAAUGAAGAAAUCGAAGGAGGGGGAAUAGUGGAUGAAGAAACUGAAGGUGGCAUAAUGAAUAGUGAAGUAGUAGAAGAAGGAAUAAUAGACGAAGAAGAAAUUGAUCAUGAAGAAAUAAUGGAGGAGGAAGUUGAAGGAGGAUUAAUGAAUGAAAGAACAGAAGAACAAGAAGAGCUAUUGAUGAAUGAAGAAACUGAAGAAGAAAGAAUAACAAAUGGAGAAGUCGUAGCAGGAGGAAUAACAAAUGGAGAAGUCGUAGCAGGAGGAAUAACAAAUGGAGAAGUCGUAGCAGGAGGAAUAACAAAUGGAGAAGUCAUAGCAGGAGGAAUAACAAAUGGAGAAGUCGUAGCAGCAGGAAUAAGGAACAGAGAAGUUAUAGCAGGAGGAAUAAGGAAUGGAGAAGUUAUAGCAGGAGGAAUAAGCAAUGGAACUGUCACAGGAGAAGGAAUAAACAAUGGAGUAGUUGUGGGAGGAGUUAUAAGGAAUGGAGUAGUUGUACGAGGAGGAAUAACGAAUGGAACAGUUGUAGGAGAAGCAAUAACAAAUGGAACAGUUGGAGGAGGAGGGAUAACGAAUGGAGUAGUCUUAGGAGGAGGAAUAAGGAAUUUAGUAGUCAUAAGAGGCAGAAUAAGGAAUUUAGUAGUCGGAGGAGGAGGAAUAACAAUUGAAGUAGUUGGAGGAGGAGGAAUAACGAAUGGAGGUGUUGUAGGACGAGGGAUAAGGAAUGGAGAUGUCGUAGGAGGAGGAAUAGCGAAUGAAGGUGUUGCAGGAGGAGGAAUAGCGAACGGAGGUGUCGCAGGAGGAGGGACAGCGAACGGAGGUGUUGCAGGAGGAGGGACAGCGAACGGAGGUGUCGCAGGAGGAGGGACAGCGAACGGGGGUGUCGCAGGAGGAGGGACAGCGAACGGGGGUGUCGCAGGAGGAGGGACAGCGAACGGGGGUGUCGCAAGAGGAGGGACAGCGAACGGAGGUGUCGCAGGAGGAGGGACAGCGAACGGAGGUGUCGCAGGAGGAGGGACAGCGAACGGAGGUGUCGCAGGAGGAGGGACAGCGAACGGAGGUGUCGCAGGAGGAGGGACAGCGAACGGAGGUGCAGCUGGAGGAGGAGUAGUGAACGGAGGUGUCGCUGGAGGAGGAAUAGCAAACGGAGAUGUCUUAGGAGGAAGAAUAACGAAUGAAGUCAUAGGAGGAGGAAUGAAAGAAGGGCCUGGUUCCAGCAACAGUGACCUACAAUCUGUCAAGCAGGCAGAGCUUAAGCCACCACCAAUCAUCCUACACAUCAAGGACCACUACAGAUAUUUCCUGCAGUUACUUAAAGAGUGGACAACAGAGGACUUCAGUCUUGACAUUUGCAUCCAGUGUGCCGGUGAACAUCAAAGCCAGAAAUGUCUGCUCCCCAGAAACAAAGAACUGAAGUACAUGAACUGUGGGGCUCGCCAGCAUGAAGUACCUUACAGCCAGCCUAAGCAAGAGAAGGCUAACCAUUCUGUCUGCCAUCUAGGUCCAACUGCACUGCCACAUGUGGACCGCAUUAGUGAUGUUAGCAAAGCAGAGCUGCUGUCUGCAUCAGACACAAGCUUUAUGGGCCCAACAGCCAACAGACUUGGGCAGACCCACGCCAAAAAGCGUAUGUCUGAAUUACAGCUUGACAGUGCACCAAAACAGAAGCUGCGGUGUUGUCCACAUGCUGCGGGGGAGGCAGAACAGGUGGGUUUGGUCUCCACCUCCAUGAGCCAAAAUAGUUCCAGAAAUGGCACCAGCUAUGUCAAAGGUGAAGAUAGUGUUCAUGCUGAAGCCACCAACUGCACUGACAUAAUGCCCAGCAACAGCUUUACCUCUGCCGAACAGCUUGCAGAUAUACCUAGACAGUUUGCCCUGCUAGAGGAGACAAUCAAGAAUCUCCCACAGCGGAUUUAUGCUGCUGUAAAGAUGGCUGUGGAAACAGGCAUGCUGCCAGCUUCCCAACAACCAGCAGACUGA